AUGUCGACCAAGAUGAUUUCACCACGCAUUCUUACCACGUUAACUAUCCUCGUCAACGCCGCCAUUGCGCAAGCAGCUGUGGGAGCAUGGGGUCAAUGGGGAGACGACUUGCGUCGCUGGGUACACUUGUGUCUACUCCAAUCCUUGGUAUUCCCAGUGCCUACCUGCUCCUUCGACUUCCACUGCUUCCUCUACGUCAAGCUCGCGAAGUUCGACAUCCACUUCAUCAUCUACCUCAAAACUUCAUCAUCCACUUCAAAGACGACAUCCACUUCGAGCUCUGCAACACCGACUGGGACCAACAACAUCCCUCGGGCGACAUACACCGAGAUUACCAACUUUGGCACGAAUCCUACGGGUGUCCGCGCGUGGAUCUAUGUCCCACAAAAUCUCGCCGCCAAACCUGCUCUUAUCGUUGGACUUCACUGGUGUCAUGGCGAUGCCAACGCUUUCUAUACCGGGACCCAGUUCAAGUAUCUUGCUGAUCAAAAGGGCUUUAUCGUCAUCUACCCGCAAACUCCCAACAGCGAUGGUUGCUGGGAUGUGCACACAAACGAGACUUUGACUCACAAUGGUGGAGGAGACUCUCUGGGUAUCGUUUCUGCUGUGCGAUGGACCAUCCCACAGUUCAAUGUGGAUACGUCGCGCAUCUUCGCAGUCGGGACGAGUUCAGGGGCUAUGAUGACCAAUGUACUGAUCGGAGCCUAUCCUGACGUUUUCGCAGCAGGCUCAGCCAAUGCGGGCGUUCCAUUCGCGUGCUUCCAGGGCCCCGAUUCUUGGAAUGCUGCCUGUGCCACUGGUACGGUCGUCAAGACGGCCCAGCAAUGGGGAGAUAUUGUGCGCGGCGCGUACCCAGGUUACACGGGCAAGCGACCAAAGAUGCAAUUCUGGCACGGAACGAAUGACCAAGUGCUUUACUAUACCAACUUUGGCGAAGAGGUCAAGCAAUGGACCAACGUACACGGUGUGAGCACCACGCCGACUAAGACCACGACCAAUUACAUCUUCAGUGGAUGGACACGCUACGAUUAUGGACCAAACGUCUCUGGUAUCUCUGCACAAGGAGUACCACACGAUAUUCAACUCCAGGCUGCUCAAGUCCUCGAGUGGUUUGGCCUGUAA